UGGAUUAGGAAUGAGUUUAAAGGUGUAUUUUCAUUAAUAAAGAUAAGUAAAGCCUGUCUAGUUCUUUGUUGUCUUAAGUACCCUCAAGUACCCAAACAGGUGUGAUAACACCAUUCUUUCCUGGAAAUACCUGAACAUCUGCCUGUUGAUGGGAAGUUGUGAAUAAAUUCCUUGUUCUCUGCUUGUGCAUGCAGCUUUCCUUUACCUACUAAACUGCCUUUAACUCACCUUGAAAGCAUUUUUUCCUUUUGAUAAGAUCAUCCUGUCCUCCAUCCCACCUGGAAGGAAGGAGCAAGGAAGGAGCAAGUGGUUGAGUGGGGCUUGGCUGUCUGCUGGGGUUAACCCACAAGAGUACAUUUUGGCACCCAGGGUGGGUCUAUAGACAUUCAAGAUGAAGGCAAAUUUGGUUGGAUGUUCUAGGCCAAAUUUGUAGGUGUUUUAGUUGUUGUCCCCAGUAGAAGACAACAUGGAGCUCUCAGAGUGAGUCCAGCAUGGGGCUACAGAGGUGAUAAAGGGGCUGUAGCAUCUCUCCUAUGAGGGAAGGCUGAGAGAGCUGUGCCUCUUUAGCCUGGAAAAGAGAAGACUGAGAGGGGAUCUUAUUAAUGUGUACAAAUAUCUUGGGGAAGAGUAUCAAUAGAAUGAGGCCAAGCUGUUUUCUGUCAUGCUUGGCAACAGGACAACAGGCAAGGGGCUUGACCUGAAAUAUAGGAAGUUCCAUCUGCACAUAAGAAAAAACUUAACUGUGAAAGUAACAAAGCCCUGAAUAGGCUGCCAGGAGAGGCUGUGGAGUCUGCUUCUCUGGAGAUAUUCAAAGAACACUUGUAUGUGAUCCUGGGCAAUAUGAUCUAGAGGACACUGCUUGAGAUGGGGGUUUGGAGUAGAUAAUACCAAGUGGUAUCUUUCAAAUUCAGUCAUUCUGUGUUUCUGCAAUCUAACUAUUAAUUGGCAGGCUUCCAUUCUUGCCAGAGGUCUUGCUUACAUUGCAGUAUAUUAGAGUCCAGUGCUUAUUAGUGGUUGCUGUUUGCUCUAUGCCUUAUCAGCUUACUUUGCUGUGCCCGGAAACAUUUUGAUAACAGCAGAUGCUGUGCCCCUCGGCUGGCAUAUUGUCAGGGCAGUGCUAUUCUUCCUGUGCUGCUGUAUUGGAUAAUCUGGAGCUACAGUGCCUCAAGUCUGAGUGUGUGCGGCUUGUGAGUACUUCCAUGCUGCAGCAGGUACACCCUUAAGGGGACUGCAGCCUUUGGGUAAGUCCGUACCAGCAUGUGGGAAAGGAGAGACGUAGAAUGCAAAGUUAAAUCUUAUAUCUUUGUCCAAAGGGACCAUUAAAUUCAAAACCCCUGCCGCGGGCAGGUUAACGCCCACUAGAUCAGGCUGCCCAAAACCCCGUCCAAUAAGGGAAGGAAGCUCAGAGCACAGCUGUGACCACAGCAGGAGCUGUAAAACCAUCUGCUUAAGUAUUGCUUUCUUUAGGAGCAGCAAGUACUCUGUGAUGAGCUUUUAACCAAAUAGCCAAGUAGUCAUAUUUGCAAAAUAUUGCUUGGCAACAUAUAAUUUCUAAUCUACAGUUUAUUUAAUGCCAAUUUUAUCUUGAAAUGUGGCAGAUGUUCUCUGUACUCAAAUGCUUCUUUUCAGCCUUUGACCUUGCUUGGCUUGGUUGUUUUUCUGCUUACUUUGGCUUCCUGCAAGCCUAUCACCAGUGCGAAAGUUAGGACUUCAUUAAAGUCCUGUGAACAAAGUACAUAUACACUUGAAGCAGGAGCAGCCUCUCAGUUGCAGCCAACCCAGCUGUGAAGCGAGAGGCGCACAGUGUAUGUGCAGCUGAGAGCAGGCAUCGGCAGAAUGGAUCCUCACAAUGAACCCGACAUGCAUCAAAGCGGACAUCUGGAUGAGAUGAUUUUACAACCAAUGGACUAUGUGAAGAAAAAAACACUUCGGAAAUACAAAAUCAUCUGUGGUGUUCUGCUAAGUGCUUUGGUGGUUGUAUCUCUGGGACUAGGUUUGGGACUGGGACUAAACCGUGGAACCCAGGAGCAAGUCAGCUGCAGGCACAAGUGCAACGAGCCUUAUCGGAAAGAGGUGGCAGGAUGCCAGUGUGACAGUGGCUGCAAGGAGCGUCAAAACUGCUGCUGGGACUAUGAAGAUGCCUGUGUGGAGCCAACUCGAUCCUGGAGUUGCACUAAUUUCCGCUGUGGUGAGACCAGAUUACCUGGAAGUUAUUGUUCUUGUUCUGAUGACUGUUUGCAGGCAAAUGACUGCUGUGUGAACUACAAUACUGUUUGCAAAGGUGAAAUACCUUGGGUAGAAGAACCAUGUAUUUCACUUGAAACUCCUCAGUGUCCUGCUGGGUUUGAUCUGCCACCACUUAUCCUUUUCUCAAUGGAUGGUUUUAGAGCAGAAUAUCUGCAAACUUGGAGUUCUUUGCUGCCAAAUAUUGAAAAACUCAAAACAUGUGGCACACAUUCAAAGUAUAUGAGAGCUGCUUACCCCACAAAAACAUUUCCAAACCACUAUACUAUUGUCACAGGAUUGUAUCCAGAAUCUCACGGUAUUAUUGAUAACAACAUGUAUGAUGUAGAAUUGAACAAGCAUUUCUCACUUUCAAGCACAGAAAAAUUUCAGCCUGCAUGGUGGAAGGGCCAGCCAAUAUGGCUGACAGCAAUGUACCAAGGUCUGAAAGCAGGCACUUUCUUCUGGCCAGGUUCUGAUGUUCCAAUUAAUGGUACAUACCCCAACUUUUUCUAUUUAUUCAAUAGUUCAGUUACGUAUGAAGAGAGAAUUUCAGGAAUACUAAAAUGGCUUGAUAAACCCAAAUCUGAGAGACCUGAUUUCUACACUUUGUAUAUUGAAGAACCAGAUUCUUCUGGACAUUCAUUUGGACCAGUUAGCGGUGGUGUAAUCAAAGCUUUACAGCUAGCAGAUCAAACGCUGGGAAUGCUAAUGGAGGGGCUUAAACAGAGAAACCUACACAACUGUGUAAACCUCAUUGUUUUAGCUGAUCAUGGGAUGGAUAUGACCUACUGCAGCCAAUUAGAAUACAUGACUGAUUACUUCAAUCAGAUUAAUUUCUACAUAUAUGCGGGGCCUGCAGCUCGCAUUCGAGCAAGCGUUGUUCCACAGAACUAUUAUACUUUUGACUCAGAAGGAAUUGUUAAAAACCUCACAUGCAAAAGGUCACCUCAACACUUUAAGCCCUAUUUGACACCUAACUUGCCAAAACGAUUCCAUUAUGCUAACAACAUUCGUAUUGAUAAAGUUCAUCUUUUGGUGGAUCGACAGUGGCUGGCUGUGAGGGACAACAGUUACACAUUUUGUGAUCAGGGUAACCAUGGUUAUGACAAUGAAUUUAAAAGUAUGGAGGCUAUAUUCCUAGGAUAUGGCCCAAGCUUUAAAGAAAAAACAGAAGUGGAUGCUUUUGAAAACAUAGAGGUUUACAACCUUAUGUGUGAUCUGCUUCAUAUUACACCAGCACCAAACAAUGGCACACAUGGUAGCUUAAAUCAUCUGCUAAAAAAGCCUUUUUACAGUCCUUCAUAUGCAAAAGAAGAGUCAUCCCCUGUUUCAUGUCCGGUUUCCCAUCUGACUCCUGUAGAUAAUCUGGGAUGCACAUGCAACGAUGUGACAAAUGCUUCAGUAAUUAACGAGAGGUUAAAUCUCACCACAGAUGAAAUAAAGAAUGCAACUUCAUAUAAUUUGCCAUAUGGGAGACCUCAAGUUCUUCAGAGGGAAAAAAUCUACUGCCUCCUUCCCCAUCAUCAGUAUGUGAGUGGAUACAGUCAUGAUAUCCAGAUGCCACUGUGGACUGCAUACACUGUGACUAAACCUGAAAGCACAUCUUCUCUUCCUCCCACUGUUUCAGACUGUCUGCGGGCUGAUGUUAGAAUCCCCAUUGCUCAUAGCCAAAAUUGUUCCAACUACCCAGAAGGGCUGGACUUGACCUAUGGUUUCCUCUACCCUCCCAAUUUCAAUUCAUCUGCACUUGAACAAUAUGAUGCCUUACUCACCAGCAACAUCGUUCCCAUGUACAGAGCUUUUAGAGACAUAUGGGACUAUUUCCACGAUGUACUUCUUCAGAAGUAUGCUAGAGAAAGGAAUGGAGUAAAUGUUAUCAGUGGACCAGUGUUUGAUUACAAUUAUGAUGGCCAUUUUGAUAAUCUUGAUGAAAUUACACAGCAUGUAAACAACACACAGAUCCCUGUCCCAACCCAUUACUUUGUGGUUCUGACAAGCUGCAAGGACACAUCCUAUACUCCACUGAACUGUACAGGCUCCUUGGAUGCCUUGUCCUUCAUCAUUCCUCAUCGACCUGACAAUACUGAAAGCUGUGCUGAUAACAGGUCGCCUUCUGAAUGGGUUGAAGAAAGAGUUCAGGCUCAUUCCGCUCGUGUUCGGGAUGUGGAGCUGCUAACUGGACUUGACUUUUACCAGGAAACAAAGGGAUCUGUCUCUGAGAUCUUACAGCUGAAGACAUUUUUGCCAACAUUUGAGACUGAAAUCAACUGAAUUUCUAUUUUAAAAAAAUGCCAGCAUUUGGAAGGAAUAAAAUCAAAAUGAUUUAACUUUUACCUUAGUAAAUAUGAGAGAAACUUGACUACUGCACCUCAACAAGAAAAGACACAUUGCACAGCUAAUUCCUUUUUUUUUUUUGCCACGUUCCUGUUCUUUCAGUCAAGUGUUUUGUAUAAAUUGAAUAAAAAUUAACUGAAGUUACUUAAG